UUCUAUAAUCUUAUAUAAGGAGAUGAAAACAGAUGUUUUUUUUGAGAGACAUCAACAUGCAGAAAGCUUGGUUCUAUGAGGAGUAUGGUCCCAAGGAAGUUCUCAAAUUGGGAGACUUCCCACUUCCUGCUCCCCAGCAUAAUCAGCUACUAGUCGAAGUUCGAGCUGCUGCUUUGAAUCCUAUUGAUUUCAAAAGGCGUGAAAGAGCCCUAUUUCCUUCAGAAUUUCCUGUAGUCCCCGGCUGUGACAUGGCAGGUGUGGUGGUAGGAACAGGAAGCGGUGUUACAAAAUUUCGCAUCGGUGAUGAGGUAUAUGGAAACAUCCAACAGUUUGAUGCAGGACAUUUAAAGCAGCUUGGGACACUGGCAGAGUUCAUAGUUGUGGAGGAGGGAUUGGUUGCAGAUAAGCCAAAAAACCUUUCAUUUGAGGAGGCUGCCAGUUUGCCAUUAGCCGUUCAGACAGCAAUGGAAGGUUUCAAAACAGCAGAUUUUAAAGAGGGAGAGAAUAUUUUUGUAGUUGGCGGAGCAGGUGGUGUGGGCAGUCUAGUUGUGCAGCUUGCCAAGCAUUUAUACGGAGCUUCUUAUAUUGUUGCUACAACUAGCACCCCGAAGGUGGAAUUUGUCAAAAGUUUGGGAGCUGAUAAAGUUACAGAUUACACGAAGAUCAAAUACAAAGAAAUUGAGGAAAAAUAUGAUUUCGUAUAUGACACAAUUGGUGAUUCCGGGAAUUCGUUUGUGGUAGCCAAGGAUAAUGCACCGAUUAUUGACAUAACCUGGCCACCAGCACAUCCAAGGGCUGUUUAUUCAAGCUUGACAGUGUCAGGGGAAAACCUGGAGAAGCUCCGGCCAUAUCUAGAGACUGGUAAGCUCAAGGCUGUGAUCGAUCCCACCGGUCCUUAUAAAUUUACUGAUGUAAUUGAGGCUUUUAAAUAUUUAGAAACUGGAAGAGCCCGCGGAAAGGUUGUUAUCUCUUCCUUCUCAUCACAGCAUCUUCCCCAUCCUUUGGUAUUUGAAAGCACUAACAAUCCUGGAGCUCCCAUGGCUUCUCAGAAGAUGUCUGUUCAUUGAAGUGCAUGCCAAGGUUGUAGAAUGUAUAAUAAUAACUGAAAUUAAUGUAUUAUGCGACAAAUUUCUGAUACAUAAUUGAAGAAAGUCAGAAAGGAUAUAAAAUCAAGGUUUUUGGUGAAGAGAGAGAAGGAUCUAGAGAAAAUGAAUGAUAAAUACCUUAUUCCUGAGGGAUGUUAUUCUGAAUUUUAUGUUGCUGGUAAAGAUACUAGUGUAAUUAAUAUUCUCUCUUGGUUAUUUAUAUGUUGUGCAAGAACAAAGUCCAAUAAA